AUUGGGUGUCCCGCGGAGAAUUCAGGAAGCGCCUCUCCGCUCCUAGUGAAGGAACGGGAACGGACGCUUCCACUUCACUAGCGGCUAUGACCUAGCGACUAGAGACACACUUCGUUGUUUUUUUAGCCACUUCCACUGACUUUUCCUGUAGAGUCGAUAGAGACAGACAUUUAAAAUCUACACGUCUAUGGUUGAAUUGUCAGAUAUUUGUAUUUAGAGCAAGCUAGCCGCGCUGGCUAGCUCGCAGUGUGACAGACAGUUUGACAUCUCGCAGGGAUUAGCGCCACAGUAGAAAGGUAACUAGACAUUCCUGCCUGGAUUACUGGCUUUAAUCAAACAUCUCUCCAGCCUGCAAGCAAAAUGAAGAUCGCUGUGGAAUUUGAGGAGUGUUUGAAGGACUCCCCGCGAUUCAGAGCCACCAUAGAGGAAGUGGAGGGGGAUGUGUGUGAGCUGGAAUCCAAGCUUGACAAACUGGUGAAGCUGUGUAUUGGGAUGAUCGACGCUGGGAAGGCCUACAACACGGCCAACAAACAGUUUGUCAACGGCAUCCGGGAGCUGGCGCAGCAGUCCACCAAAGAUGAGGUCAUCGAGUCCAGUCUCACCAAGUUUGCAGAGAGCCUGACGGAGAUGAUCAACUAUCACACGAUACUCUUCGAUCAGGCGCAGAGAUCAAUAAAGACCCAGCUUCAAACGUUCGUCAAGGAAGACCUGCGUAAGUUCAAGGAGUCCAAGAAGCACUUUGACAAGGUGAGCGAGGAGAAGGAGGCUGCCCUGGCCAGGAACGCCCAGGCCCCGCGCAACAAGCAGCACGAGGUGGAGGAGGCCACCAACAUCCUGACCGCCACGCGCAAGUGCUUCCGCCACAUCGUCCUCGACUACGUCCUGCAGAUCAACGUCCUACAAUCCAAGAGAAGAUCGGAAAUCCUCAAAUCGAUGCUGACCUUCAUGUACGCCCACCUGACCUUCUUCCAUCAGGGCUAUGACCUCUUCAGCGAACUGCAACCCCUGAUGAAGCAGCUUGGAGGGCAGUUGGAUCAGCUGGUGGUGGAUGCAGCCAAGGACAAGAGAGACAUGGAACAGAAGCACUCGACCAUCCAGCAAAAGGACUUCUCGAAUGACGACACCAAGCUGGAGUACAAUGUUGAUGCAGAGAAGGGCAUCGCCAUGGAGGGAUACCUGUUCAAAAGAGCCAGCAAUGCUUUCAAAACAUGGAACAGGCGAUGGUUCUCUAUCCAAAACAACCAGCUAGUCUACCAGAAGAAGUUCAAGGACAACCCCACAGUGGUGGUGGAGGACCUGAGGCUGUGCACGGUGAAGCACUGCGAGGACGUGGAGCGACGCUUCUGCUUCGAGGUGGUGUCCCCCACUAAGAGCUGUAUGAUGCAGGCGGACUCUGAGAAACUGAGGCAGGCCUGGAUCAAAGCGGUCCAGAACAGCAUCGCCACCGCCUUCCGCGAGAGAGGAGACGAGGAAGAGAAGCUGGACAGGAGGGCGUCCACGUCCACGGGGAGCCUGGACUCUGGGGGCGAGCCCAAGGAGAAGCCCCUGAAGGGGGAGAGCGCCCUGCAGAAGGUGCUGACCAUCCCCGGCAACUCCUGCUGCUGUGACUGCGGCCAGCCGGACCCCCGCUGGGCCAGCAUCAACCUGGGCAUCACGCUCUGCAUCCAGUGCUCCGGCAUCCACAGGAGCCUUGGGGUCCAUUUCUCCAAGGUGCGGUCUCUGACUCUGGACACCUGGGAGCCUGAGCUGCUCAAGCUGAUGUGUGGACUAGGGAACCAGGUGGUCAACGGUAUCUUCGAGGCUCGUAGAGAGGAGCUGGUUGCCCGGAAACCACAGCCAGGAGACCCCAGGCAGGACAUUGAGGCCUUCAUCAAGGCCAAGUACGUGGAGCGGCGGUUUGUGCGGCGGCCGUCGGACGAGGAGCUCCGCACCAAGGUGGUGUCCCUCAGCAAGCAGGAGAAGAGGCUGAGCAGCAGCAACGACCACCUGCCCCCCCGGCCGCCUCCCCCCACCCCCAAGCUGAGGCCCGCCUCCAACGCCUCCGGGAAGUCAGUUGGAGCCAGUGGCCGUCGUGACUCUCUCUUCUGUGCCGACGAACUCGACUCGCUAUUCUCCUACUUUGACACUUCCUCCAAGCUGAGGAACAUCAGAAGUGCAGACAGCGGCAUUCAGAACAGCGCCGAUGGCAGCAGGGAGAUGCUGGCCGACACACCCUCUACUAUCAGCCCGGCGGACACAGACCCCCCCGAGGCCCCUCCCAUGGCCAUGCCGGCGGUGCUGCCCCCCGCCUCGCCCUGCAGGGAGCCGGUGUUCUACGAGCCCAAGGACUGCAGCGCGGGCCUCCAGCUGUACUGGGCGGCGGGGGCCCGCAGCCUGCCCGACAUGGCCGAGGCCCUGGCGCACGGGGCCCCCGUCAACUGGGUCAACGCCGAGGACCAGAAGCGCACGCCGCUCAUCAUGGCCGUGCAGGGGGGGUCGCUGGUCACCUGUGAGUUCCUGCUCCAGAACGCAGCCAAUGUGAACCAGCAGGACGCCCAGGGGCGGGCCCCCCUUCACCACGCCACCAUCCUGGGUCACACGGGACAGGUGUGUUUAUUCCUGAAACGAGGAGCCAAUCAAAACGCGGCAGACAUGGAGGAGAAGACCCCCCUGUCCAUGGCCGUGGAGGCCGCCAACGCCGACAUCGUCACCCUGCUGCGGCUGGCCAAGAUGAACGAGGAGAUGCGAGAGGCGGAGGGCUACAGUCCCGCAGGUGAUGAGACUUACCAGGAUAUUUUCCAGGACUUCACCCAGAUGGCCUCCAACGACCCAGAGCUGCUCAACCGCUACGAGCAGUACAAUACGCCCAGGCCCGGCCCGUAGCCACCCCGUUGGCCUCCAACUGCAGUGGGGGGCUGCCACGCUCGCUGCGAGCCACACAGCACCGCGGUGUUCUGAAACCCCCCCCCCCCCCCCUCCUCCUCAUCUUCAUCGUCAUUAUCGUCAUCGUCAUUAUCGAAAGGCGACAGGUGGCUGGUCAUCGUGUUUCUUCCUUCAGGCUCAAGGCUUCAUGGCUUCAAGGAUCCAACGCUUCAAGGCUUCAAGGCUACUGUGAAGAGUACCGGCGGUUCGCCUCAUGGCGGUCCACACGGCUCGUGUAGUCCAGGAGGUCAGAGUGCCUACUUCCCCUCGGAUCUUUAUUUUUCUACUCUACUCUGUAAACGAAUGGUACAGCGGCCGCAGCCUUUCAGGUGAUCCGUCCGAUGGGACUGACGCCAGGCGGUGUUCGGGACGGCCAGAUUCCUCCAAGGCUCCCGCGUCGCAGCCACGGUCGAGGAGGGACGUUUGAUUCCUGAUGAUCCACAGAUGGCGUUUCCCAGGAACAAUACGGACGAUGGUGUUAGGAUGAGUUUACCCUAGGUUAGAUGGUUUGUGAUAUAAUGAUGAAUGUGCCCAAUAGACCGACGAUUUGUCUUUGCUGAAUCAUUGCACUAUGUAAUAGAGUUGGCUGGAGAGGCACAUAGAAAACCACAUGCUGUAUCAUUUUUGACGCAGAGAGAUGAAUGGGCUUCUGGCCGGCAUGUGUGUGGACCGGAGGAAUUAUAUAACGUAGAGUGUUUGCACAAAUCUGUGACAAAUCGUCCAAAACCACUGAUGUUUACCAACUGCCCCAGUGAGACUAGUCUGAAACAAUGCGGUCAUCAUAUCAACGUUUUAUUCAUGGGUCUCAUCUGUACUGUACAAAAAAAAAAGGAAUCUCAUCUUUUAAGUCAUUUUAUUCAUCGCUUUUAUAUAUUAUACGCUUUAGUUGUUUUUCCAAAUGUUUCACUGAACGAUUUUCUAUUUGUCUCUUUUCACACCUCCUCUGGUGAUGGGGAAGCUUGUGGUAAUGAAGCUGAGGUUGUGUUAUCAAACCAAAUGCUCUCUGUUAUCGGAAGAUGAUUGCGCUCAUUCAAUAGAGACGUGGAAUGAGAUGCUCGUUUCGCGAGGGGAGCGAUCCCGGACGCUGAUGGCCCUGUGUUGUAUCCAGUACUUGCUCGAGGUACUGAAGUGGGUUCCUCCAACAUACGCCUGGAAAGUAUUGCUAAAAGCAUAUGGAAAAAUGAAUCAUUUCUGGGUGUUGACUUUCUGUACGGGAAGGGGUUUUCGUGGUGUGGAAAAUCACGUGGCAGCUCAAUAAUCUCAAAGAAAACUAAAACGCUAAACCUGUGAAGGUUAGAUUCUUCUAUUUUUUGGGUAGUUGUGAGAAUUAUUUUAUCCGACAUGUGACCGAGUUGACACGCCGAACAUAUGUUUCGAUCUAAUGAUUUAAAGCGUAUCGUGACCAGCCUAACAGAAUCUUCAGAUAAACCCACAUGGCAAAUUAUCUUUGGUUUGAUUCCAUUUAUUUUGUAGGUUAAAUAUUUCUGUACUUAAUUUAUAGAGCUUUCAAUGUCUCGCCUUGUUUCAAUGGCAGGAGUAUGAUUUUUGUGUGCAGUGAAGUUAAUCUUCUUCCAGUGAAUCCUGGGGUCAAGAAGAUAUUGUACAGUUUGUAGAGAUGCUUUUGAGCACGUAGGAGAAGGGAGGAAAAAGCAGUGGUACUGGAAUCAUUAAAAAAAGGCUUUUGUAAAUGCUGUCCUCUGCAUCAACCAGUAUCUGUAGUUUAUUUUGUAUUGCCUGUCUGUCUAUACCAAUGCACAUGUUUAUCUCAACUGUAAUAUCUUAAGACUUUAAUUCAUAUGCUUCCAAUUAUGAAGAUUCGUUAUAAACCCUGAAUCUGUCUGUGUGUAUUUUUGUUAGUAUUGUGAACCUCUUAAACAUAUGGUUUCAUUGGCAGCUGUGGUUUUAUAUAAACUAUAAUUGCAACUUAAAUUUAAGACAAAGAAUCGACUCAUUCAUUCAAAGUUUAAUUAAAAGCUAAUUUUGUCCAUUCCCUGGAUAACGGAAUCAAAAUCUGCCAACCAAUGGCAGCCAGAACAUUUACCAAUGUUCUGGCUGCACCAUUCAUUGUUGGAUUUUCUUGCAAAACAUUUAAAGAUGCUGGCAAACCCAGUCCAAUUUUAUUGGCCAAUAGAUAAUAAACAAUGGCCAUUUUAUGACCCACGCUUCCCAAUAAAUGGGCUAAUUGGUGUCAAUAUAUCAGUUUAUGAGUUUUAAGAUUAAGAGACACUUAUCCCUACUGUGCACACGAGCAUUUAAAAUAUUACUUGUGACGAGUUCAUUUGUGGUGAAGCAUUCAAGCACAUAUGUUUAUGUCAGCUGUUAAAUCUUCCAGUUUUUUCUCUCUUAUAUUGAACUAGACCUGGUACACAAAAGGAAUUAUUAGGCUUCUGGUAGAGGCCUGUUACCUUAGUUAAAAAGUUAAGCUCUGUCAUACUUGACUCUUUGGUCUUUUCUAAACCAAAGGUUUAUACUCCAGAAAAUAUUCCAUUAUCUUAUUAAUAAGCCAAACCUUCUGCUAUUUAAUAUGGAAUACAAUGGAUUAACUAUAAUAAAUUAUGAAAUAUUUGAUUUAUGUAGUGCAAAAACAAAAUUCCAUUUAAAUUGAGAAAAAUAGAAAUAGUUAUACAGUUCAUGAACUAUAAAAUCAUGUUUUUGGCUAACCCAUGACACAUCAAGUAUGCACCUUCCAAGACCCAAGUGGAAAAAGAAAAUAUGGAAAUAUUCCCGUGUGAAUAACUUGAAUGUGACUUUCAUUUGGCAGGUAUUUUAUGCUUUAUUUAUGUCCUGUCUACCUCGGCGCUAUCAGGAUUAAGAGUUCUACUCCCUCAGGGCCACCCAUACUUAUGUAUGCACUUACGCACAGUUUUAUAAGACAAUGCGGAUAAAAGCAUCCUAUAUAAUCUAAUUGACAGAAAGAUUGUAUUGUAACGUUGAUGUAUAUGUUGCAUAUUGCUUAAAAUAUUAAGAAUAACAUCAAGUUGUUUUAAAAUACAUAGGUAUGCUAUAUUCAUACAAAUAACUACACACGUAAACUUGAUGAUUAUUGUAAAUAUUUGAUGCUAACAUAACCGACUAGGCGUCAUCUUUCGAGGCCUGCCUAUUCACAAAAAAGAGCCCUGAAGCUAGACCUCAGUCGAGGGAACGCAGGCAUAGCUUUCAACCCAACGCACGUCAACGUGUCAAGCGGCGAUACCAUGGCUCAAGGGGCCCCCGGGUACCGGCCACCGGGCUUGUUCCAGGAAGUCUGUGGUCCGCUCCCCUGUAGAGAAACGGAGGAUCGCAGCUGGAGAGGUUUUCCUCAAUAAAAACGCUAUGUGCAGAAAACAGUGAGAGGCCGCGGUCCAUUAAGGAGCGGCGCUCUGGACCGCAGCAUCCAACUGCCGCCACGGAACACUGCGCCUGCCAGCGGCUCCAGACUGCAGCCGCCGCGCCGAUCAGAGCGCUCUCCGCGUCGCGUUGAGGAAGACAUGCUCGUAACACUGUUGUUUUUUAUUGGUCGUCAUGAAAAAAAACAUAAGGGGUAACACUGUUGU